UUCUCUUUCCAUCUGAGAGUUCCCCUCCUCUCAAGCACUGUCUCUGGUUAAGGAUCCAUAGUACAUCUAUAACUGUGUCUGCAGAAGAGGCAAAGAAAACUCUGAAAACCUGUUCUCAAGAAAGAAUGGAGAAAAUAGAUGUGGCCGUAAUGAUGAAAUCCAAGACAAGUGCAGCCCAAAAACUGGCAGAUUUAUUUGAUCACUUUGAAAAACCAGUUAUACCAGUGCAAGAAGGUCUGGAAAAGCCUUGGCUUUUCAGAAUUUGGGAUACCAACCAGAAGUUCUUUGUCCUCCUGAACCAGACCCUGGUAGCUGCUCCACAGGAUUCCAACUCCACAAAAUUUGAACCAGCGUUAAUGGCUGUGGUCCCCAACAAGGCUACAAAGCAACCAGAUGAACAGACAUAUCCCAUUUUUCUGGGCCUCAAAGACGGAAACCAUGUCCUCUCCUGCAUUGAAUCUGGUGGCCAACCACAACUACAACUAGCGGAAGAAAAUGCCAUGGAUCUCUACAAUAAAAACCAGGAGUUCAAGAACUUCACAUUCUUUUGUCAUACAAGCGAGAGCACUUGUUCUUUUGAAUCUUCAGCUUUCCUGAAUUGGUACAUAAGCGCUUCAACGGAAGCAAACAAGCCCAUUGGUUUGAGUCACAAAGGAGGCAGGGAGAUCACUACCUUUUAUUUUGAAAAAGAGGAAUAGAUAGAAAUCCAGUUUGUAAAGAGAUAGUAGAAAUGCUGUUAUUGUUUUUCUUAUGGAACCUUCUGCUUGCCAUAUCUAAAGCAUUAUCUCAAAGUGGGGUGUGUGUGUGUGUGUAUAUAUAGAUA